CACUGUCACGUGGCUUUUGGAUUUGCGACCCCACACCUCAACACAAUCUGUGUAACCGUGUUCCUGACCCCAUUGAAGCCUAGCCUAUGCAGACACCACACACAAAAACACACCCUCAAUUCAAACAUGUUAUACUAGAUUGAAAAUUCAUUAAUGUUUAUUGUCUUCUACUCACAAAAAGAAAACGCGUUCAGGAGGAAGAAGAGAACAUGGGUACUGUUCAAACAAGGCAAGGAAAAGGUAUUUGAAGUUUGAGGUCUGAGGUUUGAGGGAGGACCCUUUCCUUCUUCUUUCUCGUAGUGGUGCUUUGGGUGCUCCACUACGUCAACAAAAUCUGACAACAACAGAAUCUUCAUAGAUUGUGGGGAACAAAAGUACCAUAGAUAACCAUAUUGUUGAAAAUUAAAGAAGGAAUAUUGAGUGUUUUUAUUGAGCCAGAAAUGUGAUGCAGAGAUUGGCACUGUUAUGUGAUCUGGGUUUUCUGCUGUCAUGAGAUUUUGAGGUGUGACACCUGAGGCAUUGGUUUCUUGGUUGGUAAAGUUUGGUGAUUAUUGCAGUAUAACUAUCUUCAUCCAAAGUUUUCAUCUUUGCUUGAGGUCUAAGAAUUUCGGUUGUUAUUAUGGGAUCUGAAGUUUAGAGCUUUGCUUUGAGCUGAGAUUGACACGUGAUAUGUCGGCAGCGUCGCCGUCAGCGGCGGCAUCUCCACCACCACAAACACCACCCUCCUCCAACACUAGUCCCUCACCGUCCAACGCCACCACUCCUCCGCUGCAACAAACCCCUUCUUCCACUUCUCCGCCACAACAAGCAGAAUCUCCGCCUCCGCUAACCCCAUCUCCGGCGGCUCCGCCGCCUGCUCCGCCGUCACCACCACCUAGUUCUUCACCUCCCCCAGUGUCUGGAACACCUCCUCCAUCAGUCACUCCAUCAUCACCACCUCCAUCUUCGCCGCAGCCAUCUCCUCCAUCAGUCACUCCAUCAUCACCACCUCCAUCUUCGCCGCAGCCAUCUCCUCCACCGCCACCCCCUCAAUCAGUCCCUCCAUCAUCAUCACCGCCAUCUUCACCGCAGCCAUCUCCUCCACCGCCGCCUGCUCCUGAUGCACCGGCACCGGUGCCACCGAGCUCUCCACCGCCACCACCACCAUCAGCACCAGUGCCAUCAAGAAGCCCUCCGCCACCGCCACCACCAUCAAACCCUCCUAAUAGCUCAUCUCCACUACCACCGCCACAACCCUCACCAUCAGCUCCCCCACCUAACAACAUCCAAACACCGCCGCCGCACCGAAAUUCACCAUCUCCUCCGGCUUCACCGCCCCCUAGAAACUCAACUAGGUCAUCACCGCCCCCUCCGGCAGCGAGGUCAUCGCCGCCUCCAGCACCUGAGCCAUCCAACCCACCUUCUAGGAGUAGUCCUCCUCCCACACCAAGUUCCUCCCUAGCUCCCCCUUCAAAUUCUACGCCAAGUUCAUCACCACCUUUAGUUACUCAAUUGGCCCCGCCACCGCCAUCCCCGUCAAAAGUUUCAUCGCCCCCAUCCCCUACUCCGAACCCGACAGCAGAGGCAGGCUCUCCUGGAGGUAGUAUCAGCACUGUUGGUGUAGUGGCUAUUGGUGUGGUAGCUGGAUUUCUGCUUCUUGGCUUCAUUGGUGUUCUUAUAUGGUGCAUGAGAAGGCAAAAGAGAAAGACUCCUGUGAAUGGUGGUUAUGUCAUGCCAUCCACUCUUGCCUCCUCUCCUGAAUCAGAUUCAUCGUUUUUUAAGACACACUCUUCAGCUCCUCUUGUGCAAAGUGGCUCUGGCAGUGAUGUUGUGUACACACCAUCUGAUCCUGGUGGACUAGGCCACUCAAGGUCAUGGUUUUCAUAUGAAGAACUGAUGAAGGCCACAAAUGGUUUCUCAAGUCAAAAUCUUUUGGGUGAGGGAGGAUUUGGUUGUGUGUAUAAAGGGCACCUUCCUGAUGGAAGAGAGAUAGCAGUGAAACAACUGAAGAUUGGUGGAGGUCAGGGAGAGAGAGAAUUCAAAGCUGAAGUGGAAAUUAUCAGUCGUAUACAUCAUCGCCAUUUGGUUUCUUUAGUGGGAUACUGCAUUGAAGACAGCAGAAGACUACUUGUCUAUGACUACGUUCCUAACAAUAACCUUUACUUCCAUCUACAUGGGGAAAACCAGCCUGUGCUAGAAUGGACAAACCGUGUCAAAAUUGCAGCUGGUGCAGCCCGUGGACUAGCUUAUCUCCAUGAAGACUGCAACCCUCGGAUCAUUCACAGGGAUAUCAAGUCGUCAAACAUUCUUUUAGAUUUCAAUUAUGAAGCUAAGGUCUCAGAUUUUGGGCUAGCCAAAUUAGCUCUUGAUGCAAAUACGCAUAUUACCACGCGUGUCAUGGGAACUUUUGGGUAUGUUGCCCCUGAAUAUGCUUCAAGUGGUAAAUUGACUGAGAAGUCUGAUGUAUAUUCUUUUGGAGUCGUGCUUUUGGAGCUAAUUACCGGCCGGAAGCCGGUAGAUGUAUCCCAACCUUUGGGAGAUGAAAGCCUGGUUGAAUGGGCUCGGCCUUUACUAAGUCAUUCAAUUGAUACUGAGGAAUUCAGUAGUUUGGCAGAUCCAAGGCUAGAAAAGAAUUACAUUGAGAGUGAAUUGUAUUGCAUGAUUGAGGUUGCUGCAGCGUGUGUGCGGCAUUCAGCUUCAAAGAGACCUCGCAUGGGACAGGUUGUUAGAGCUUUUGAUAGCUUAGGAGGUUCUGAUCUAACUAAUGGAAUGAAACUUGGGGAAAGUGAGGUGUUUGACUCUGCACAACAAUCUGAAGAAAUAAGAUUAUUUCGGAGAAUGGCAUUUGGUAGUCAAAAUUAUAGCACAGAUUUCUUUAGCCGUGCUAGUUUGAAUCCAUGAGAGGGCACUGUGUACAUAAUGGAAGAGCUUAUUUCAAAGAUCUUGUGAAGCUAAGCCAAUGGCUGGCUCUGGUUGAGUUUUUGUUGCUUGCAGAUAUGGCCAAGGUGCUUGCAUUCUUGCUUUUGAUUCUGAAAUUGACACCAUCAUUCUUCUACCUGAAUUUCAUCAUUCUUUUCAUUAGCUGGUUCUUUUGGCAGCAAUUUUGGUUUUGUAAGUAUAAUUUGUAAAAAGUUACCUUCUGCAACACUCACCAUUACAAUGAUUAACAUAUUAGUUGAUUUGUUAUGUAAUGAUAGAAUAGAUGUGUGACU